AAAGGAGAAAAGGCAGUCUAAAUAAGAAGCUGUUUGUCAGCCACGGUCUAUUGAAAGAAAAUGAGUGCCAACGGAAAGCUAAAACACAACCACCACAUGUCUAAUGAGAACUUAAAGAGCUUUUUCUCACCAUCUGCAAAGGCAAUGGCACCGCCCAGGCAAACACUGAAGGUCCUCCAGCUCUCAGCUGGCAACAAAGAUCUGGGAAGGUCAGCUCAGGUGGGAAAGGUCAUUCCCAAACGGAAACAUUGGAGCGCAGAACAAACUAGAGGACCAAAGCGGGUGAAGGCAGAAGUCAAAUCUACACAAACAGAAGAAACUCAGUGUUUGAUAGAUGGCAUGUCCAAGGAAGCAUAUGAACUUAUGGUCGUAGAAACGCCACCUUCCACCUACUGGAAAGAAAUAGCUGAAGAGCGUCGAAAGGCCUUGUUCAAUGUUCUACAGGAGAAUGAGAAGUUGCACAAAGAUAUCGAGGCCAAAGAUGAACGGAUAGCACAGCUCAACAGUGAAAAUGAAGAACUGCAGGAGCUGGCACAACACGUACAGUACAUGGCCGAUAUGAUUGAGCGGCUGACUGGGAAGAGCCCAGACAAUCUGGAGCAGCUGAAGGACAUUGCUCUUGAUGUGGAUGAGGAAGAGGAGGAAGAGCUCAAUGACAGUCAAGCAUCAGAUCUGAGUGAGGAGGAAGAGGAUGAUAUCAGUCCACAUGACUCUGAGGAAGAUGAGACCUCAGACCAAGAACAAGUUGAACCCUCGGCAGAGCAAGAUUAACUGACGCAGCUCUUCUGUUCUGGGACUUUGACCUUUAACAGGUCAGCAGAAUUUAGAUGCAGAAUGCUUUGGAAACAAGUGGCUGUUUGACUUGAUUGGCUUUUCAGAGUAUUUUUCAAACAAAUAGUUCUGAAACACUUAUUUUUUUUUUAAAGAAAUUGCAUUUGGUUUUUUUUUUGUUUUUUAAUUCUAGUUUUCAAGUUGACAGAUUUUCAAAACUAAGCCAAUGGAGCCCUUUUUCACUGCAGACAUUUUGACAAACUACUGUAGGGGGGGCGAAAAAACGUGUAAAUUUAAUAGCGGCAUCAUUAGCCCCAUGCCACUUUUAAAAAAACAAACUCAAAACUGCCAAAUUGCUGGAUACCUGUGUUUUUCCUACAAAAAGUCAAAAUGUGUUGUGAAACAGGCUGACUGAGGUGAUUUGCCCCAAAUCAUACAUUCACUGCCAGGUGUGACAAGGAUCACAGCCCUGAAGUGUUUUGUUUACACUGUAAAAUUGUACAAUGUUAUGGCAUAAUUGUGUACAUAAAACGAAGUGUAAAAUAAACUUUUUAUAAGAAAAGGAA